UUCACGACUUCCACGAAAAUGGCUGCACUUCUCAAAAAAAGAGCUUUGGCUGAAUUUAGCCAAGUAAUCCAGGAAGACGCAAAGCCUCCUCCACAAAAAAGAUUACGCCUGGUGCAAAAACCAAAGAAGCCUGAUGUGACACUCGAGCUCCACAAUGCCACCAGCUCAGUGGAAGCGCUACAGAUGCUGCUUCAGCUGGCAACAAAGCUCCCGCUUGACGCAGAAAAUGCUGAAAAGGUCGUGCCCUUGUUGGUGGAGCACUUCUAUAAGGAAGCUGAUCCAGCUGUCAGAGGAAAGAUUAUCUUUCUUUUGACCGACAUUGUGAAGAAUCCAAGAUUUAAUCCAGUUCCUGUGGUGGAUGAUCUAUCUUCCAUGUUAAAAACUGAAAAAUCUCACAAAGUCACAGGACAUAUCAUCAGUGCGCUGACAGUGAUUGGGAAAAGUUUGCCUCGUGAUAGGAAAAUUCACCAGCAACUGUUGGCCUUUGCAAGCCAGCAUCUCGCAAACACCAGUCACUUGGUUCGAAGUAGAUGCCUUGAUCUGAUUGGAGCAUUAGGGUCACCUGAUGUGAAAAAACAGGAUAGCAGCCAAUCAGAUUCACAGAAGAGUUGGCAGAGUACAAUUGGCAAUUACACUGAGGAUCAAGAUCCACGAGUUCGAACAAGUGCUUUCCUUGCUAUGUCCAACUGGCAUCAGCGUGGAAUCAAGCUUGAUCCAAGUACCUAUUCGAAGGCAUCUACAGCCUUAGAAGAUGACCAUGAGACAGUGAGAGUGGCUGCCCUUAAACUCAUCUGGACGCUCAGUCAUCUUUACCCAGAGAACCCAGUCACCGUCCAGACUUCUGACGAACCCCUAAGGCUUGUCGAUGAUGCAUUUGCCAAACUCUGCAACAUGGUGAAUGAUCUGUCCAUGGCAGUCAGGGCCGAGGCGGCACGGUUAUUAGGAUCUCUCCAUUCUGUCAGCCAGCGUUUCCUCGAGCAAACCCUCGACAAGAAACUGAUGUCUAACAUGCGGCGCAAGAUGGGUGCCCAUGAGCGCCAAAAGGAUCACUAUGCGCGUGGGGAGUGGUCGACCGGGCUGAAGUGGGCAGAUGAUGCACCUAAGGAGGAAGUUGAUAAGGACAACAUCAGUCUCAUCUCUUCUGGAGCUUGUGGUGCCCUCAUUCAUGGCCUAGAGGAUGAGUUCAUGGAGGUACGUAAUGCCGCCAUUGACUCCUUAUGCGAGUUGGCGUCUCAGUCAGCCAGUUUCGCCAUCCUGUCCCAAGACUAUCUGGUUGACAUGUUCAACGACGAGAUUGACUCGGUGCGUCUAAACGCCAUCAGCAGUUUGCAGAAGAUCAGCCGCCAUUUGACCAUCCGAGAAGACCAGCUGGAAAUCAUAUCGAAUGUUUUGAAGGAUUCAUCGUACGAGAUCCGUGAAGCGCUUCGUGAGAUGUUCUGCUGUGUCACGCUGGAGACCAAGACAUGUCUGAACGCAUGUGUUGUAUGUUUGUUAGAUAAUAUGAAGAGGUACCCCCAGGACAGGAUGUCCAUUUGGAGAUGUAUGAGGGACUUGGGCAAUAAACACCCUGAAAUCACCCUACCACUCGUGCCUGACCUUCUCAGCAUCCAUGCCUACUUCGCCGUCCCAGAGCCAGACAUGGAUGACCCUGCCUACAUCGCUGUUCUCAUCCUGGUGUUCAAUGCUGCCAAGAACUGCCCGACCAUGUUACCCCUGUUCCCUGACCAUACUGUCAGACAUUAUGCCUACUUGAGGGACAGCCAACCAGACAUGGUGCCACAACUGAAGAUUCCUGGUCUCUCGGUUGUGCAAGUGAUUGAGAAGAAGGAAGGAUCAUUGGAUGCUGAAGGCUUCCUGAAUCAGACACUUAGUAGGCUGGAGGAAGUGGAGAAUAUGGAUCCAGAGUCUGCACAGGAGCUGCUGAAGGCUAUCACAGGGGACUUGAAGAGGAUAGCAGAGCUUGAGCCUCGUCUGACAGCGACAGCAGAGUGUGAAUGUCUGUACAUUGAGUGUCAGCUAUCAUUACUUCAGGUACUCCAUGGCACCAACUGGUCCGCCCCAAGCUGCAUUCAGAGUCUUCACAGCCGGACGGCUGCUGCUUCAAUGGAAAAGGUAGUUGAACUAAUGACGAAGGCCGACACCCUGUUCCGUGGCUUAAGCAUCCCAAACAUCGGCCUCAUCCGGCAGAUGAGACUCAAGGCACAGACAAUACAGCUGCUACACAUAUUAAAAAGUGGCACAGACCGGCAGGCCCUGUUACACAAAUGCAAAGCUUACGUGGACACAAUUCAGAACCUGCAAAAAUACCUAAGUGAUAAUAAUGUCACUGCAGAGCCGUUCACACAAAGCCUUAUCAAUGCCAUACCUGAACUUGAAAUGUUAAAACUCUCGGCCUUCACACGACCCCUACAGACAGCCAUGCACGUCUGCAAGGCACCAAUCAUGAAACUGACCAAUCAGAUGCAGCGGAUGACGGCAUUGAUUAUCGAGCCGGGGGAGGUGACAGAGACUCCGGCAAAGUUCAUGGCGGGGUUAACGUUGGCCGUCAACGUGGACGCCAUGUUAGAGAACGUGACAAGACUGCAAGAUAUCUAUAUUGAGGUUGAAUACCCUGACCAGCAACUUCAACAAGUCAGCCCGAGGCAAGCCGAUUUCAAACAACUUGGUCCAGGAAAGUUCCGCCUUGUUACCCAAGUGACAAUAUCGCACGUUCUUUGGUCGGAUCCAAGCUAUCUUAGACUCGGCAUCAAGACAGAGGUCAAGGACAAAUCAUGUUCAGGGGUCAAGGUCAAAGGCAUUGAUCUUUGUAAUCCUGUCAAGGUCUUUGUUGCUCCCAAGCCAGUGAAGAAAUAAAUGUGUUUAUUCCUAAAAAAACCAUACCUAUGUAUACAUGUAUGCAUAGCUAAGUCAAGUCACACUCUGUGUGUGUUCAAACAACUUCAGAUACAGACACUCCAUGGUAAAGUAUCUGUAAUGGAAAUGUAACACCUCCAGGACAAGGCAGCUGUCCAGUAGGCGCUGCCCAAGGAUGGACUUUGAGAAAGUCCCCCUUUUGCACUUACAGUAUGGAUGCUUUACCUUCAGAUUGACUCUUAUAUGUAUCUGACUACUUCUUUUCUACCGAUGUCAACAAAAUGUCCUGUCCUCUUAUUUCAAUAAAAUGUUUCAAAAUAUGAAUGA